GAUUUCUCCCCUUAUUUGCAAGUGUAUGAACCUUAACUUAUUAUUGGCACCUUACACAUCAAUCAGAGAUGCAUCUUCCAGGGACACUGUGCUUCUUUGUAACACUGUUUUCAUUGACACAGGUAAAAGAAGCUUCAGCAGGCUGUGACAUAACAUCAAUAUCAUCACCCACUGCAUCGUCUCUCCUUGUAAAAUGGAGCACUUUUCCUGGAGCGACAAACUAUGUUCUGGAUGUCAGGGCUGUGAAUUCAAGCAACACAGCACCUGUUUCUAUUCCACCACUCGCUUCGUCCACUUUGGAGAAACUGGUCCAAGGCUUAAGACCGGGACAAAUUUAUCAAGUGACUUUUAAAGUGUUUCUGUUGAGUUAUGUGACAUGCAUCAGCUCCCAGAUGGCACAGACAAUUCCCGCCACCUCGCAAAUAUCAUUUUCGAAAGCAAUAUCGAGCACCUCGAUCAGGUUUGAGUGGUCCAGUGCGCAAGGAGCCGAUAAAUACUUUUUGAUGGUGGAGGGAACUUUCCACAAUGAGACUCAUAACCUCACAUUAACCACGCUAAAUGGACAGGUAGACAACCUCCGCAACAAUACCGCAUACAACUGUUACGUUUAUUCCUCUAAUGCCGCAGGAAUCGGCGCCAAGAGUCUUGUUAAAACCAUCAGAACAUUGGUGCAGCCUCCAGAUGGCGUGAGUGUGAGGGAGUUAACUCAAAGUAUGGCUCGCGUAUCAUGGUUCAGCGUCCCAGGCGUCCUGCUCUACCAGGUUUCAGUCACGGCCAGUAAUAAGCUGGGACUUGCUCCUGUUCUUAGGAACGUCACCGGUACCGCUGUGAAUAUCUCAAGCCUGGAGCCAUGUUUAACAUACACAAUAGGGGUUGCAUCAAUCAACAUGUUCCUAGAACCAGGAGAGCCUACAAACAUCAACUACACAACUCCCACCAUUUCAACAGUUUCCUCCAUCUCUGUGGAGUACAGCUGCGUUACCGCUAUGGCAUCGGUUAGUUGGGUUGCAGUGUUUGGUGCCAUGUCGUACCGUGCAGUCAUAACAGAUGGCCAAGGCCGGUCGCUUAACUGCACAUCCACGGGCACAGCCUGCCAGAUCCCAAUGCUGCAUUGUGGAGAACUAUACUCUGUACGGAUUACAGCCAUUGCUAACUGUGAAAGCUCCUCCGAUGGCAGCUACAUCUUUGAGACAGCACCCUGCCCACCCAAAGCACCACAACUGUACCGUGAGUGUUCCAGUAAUGUCAUCUUGUUUUCGUGGAGUCCCACCAACAGCACGGCUUAUUACCACGCCCUGGCUAUUGACUCGGACGACCAUGUAACUAAUUGCGUCACUGUUGGCACCUCCUGUUACUUCACUGACACUGUCUGUGGCAAAAGCUACAGAUUCUACGUCAGCUCCAUCUACUCCGGAGGACUAGACUGCAACAGCGGAAACACAGAAGAAGUGGUGGUCAAAACAGCCCCAUGUUUGCCACAGAACGUCCACACAAAUACAAACUGUAAUAGCAUCAGCACUGCGGUCACUUCUUGGGACGGGCCUGAAGGAGCCCACACCUACACUGUGGAGGCCCGCGGUAAUCGUAGAGAUUUCUACAACUGUACGUCUCUAAACACGAGCUGCACACUAACAGAUCUGGAAUGUGGAGAGAGCCUGAGCGUGUGGAUUGUUGCGACUGACGGUGACUGUACUACUGAUCUUGUGCUGGGAGAGGUGGCAGAUACAGUUCCCUGCAUACCUCAGAAUGUGUCCGCUGUGGAGACUUGUAGUUCAGACACUGCCUCUUUCACGUGGCUCUCUAGCAACGGUGCCAUCUUCUACAUCGGAAUGGCGACACAUGCGGAUGGAACGGUUCACACCUGCACCGCCAUGGCGACAGAGUGCUCAUUCCAAAACCUGAAAUGCGGCGAGACGUAUGAUGCGUUUGUCAUAGCAACUAACCUGCAAUGCAACAGCUCUGAGAGUCAACAUGUCCUCCUACAGACAGCCCCAUGUGCUCCAGUCAGCGUGGCGGUCUCUAGAGACUGUACAGGGAAUCGUGCGACAGUGAGCUGGCAGAGCCUUCAGGCUGGGGGUCUGUACACAGCAGUACUGCAGGGUGAACAUGGAGUCACGGGUAACUGCAGCACCAGCUUUAACAACUGCACAGCAGACCUGCUCUGCGGAGUCAACUACAACGUCACAGUCUCAAGGAUUGAUGGUCACUGCAGGAGUCAGCCGUCCACACCCAUUCAGAUACAGUCAGCUCCCUGUGACCCUCAAAAUGUCACAACUGUGCUCCAGUGUGACACCAACGCGGCUAACGUGACAUGGGCUGCCAGCGCAGGAGCAAAUGGGUACACGGCAAUGGCAACAGACGGGCAGCAGCAACGCUUGGCUUCUUGUCACACUAUGGGGACUUCCUGUCAGCUGACCUCUCUGCCAUGUGGGAUGAGACUGAAUGUGACUGUCCAAGCUGAUGGAGCCUCCUGCAAUAGCAGCUCUCAACCUAGAUCUGCAGUGGUAACAGCACCCUGCAUUCCCACCCAUGUCACUGCUGCUCUAAACUGUACCUCCAACAUUGCUUCCAUCACCUGGUACAGUGCACUUGGUGCCACUUGGUACUCGGUAAAGGCGGAAGGCAGCCAAGGGUACAAAGCAUCCUGCAACAACACUAUCACACGCUGUGAUAUCCCAAACCUGCAAUGUGGCCAGCAAUAUUCCAUCACAGUCAUGGGCAGGAAUGGUGACUGCAUGGGCCCGGCUAGCCAGCCUAUCACUCUUGUCUCAGCACCAUGUCCUAAUACUGGCAUUCAAGCUAGACUGGAUUGCCGCACCAACUCAGCACUCAUUUCUUGGACACCGGGCAAUGGUACACUAAGUUCCAAUGCAACACUGCAGUCUUUCCAGGACGCCCAAAAGCACAGCUGCUUCACCAACGGCUCCUCAUGCAACAUCAGCUCACUUCAGUGUGGUCAGCACUACAACAUCAGUGUUUCAGGAUACGGCCAGAACUGUUCAACCUGUUCUAAACCCCUGGUCACUCUAGACACAGCUCCAUGUGUUCCCACUCAAGUCAAUGUGUCAUUAUCCUGUGGGUCUGACACUGCGUCUGUUUCCUGGGCAGCAUCUAGUGGCUUUGUUUCCAACUAUAUAGUAACAGCUGAAGGUGAUAAUGGAAUUACGCAAACAUGCAACUCCAGCAGCACUUCCUGUAACAUCAGCGGCCUAGCGUGUGGUCAGGCGUACAACGUCUCAGUCACAGCUCUGAGCGUCGACUGCACUGGGCAACGUAGCGAAGUGCGUCGUGUCAAUACUGCACCCUGUGCUCCUCAGUCUGUGGUCAGUCAGCUCUUAGACUGCCAAACAGGGGAUGUUCAAGUUAGCUGGCAGUCGAGUAACGGGGCGCAGAUCUACUAUGCUCAAGCUAAAUCUACUGACAAGGUUCUGGGGUGUAACUCCACCUCCACAUCCUGCGUAAUCGCUGCAAUUGGCUGUGGGCAGACGUACAAUAUCACUGUGGCUGCAGAGGGCAACGGCUGUAGCUCCAACAGUGUGACCAGUCAGGUCACGGCAGCCCCAUGCCCUCCACUGAAUAUCCAGUCCAGAAUAAACUGUGGCAACAACACAGCGAGUGUGUCCUGGUCCCGUGGCAAUGGAGCACAGUCCUUUUUGACAACACUUGAAUGCUCUAAUGGACAGACGUAUAUGUGCAGGACCAAUGAAACAGGAUGUGACAUCACUAACAUGAUGUGUGGACAAACUUGCUCGGUUAAAGUAGCGGCAGAGGGACGUUCAUGCAACAGCUCUGUAGGCUCUGGAUCACCUAUCAUAACAGCACCAUGUCCUAAUACUGGCAUUCAAGCUAGACUGGAUUGCCGCACCAACUCAGCACUCAUUUCUUGGACACCGGGCAAUGGUACACUAAGUUCCAAUGCAACACUGCAGUCUUUCCAGGACGCCCAAAAGCACAGCUGCUUCACCAACGGCUCCUCAUGCAACAUCAGCUCACUUCAGUGUGGUCAGCACUACAACAUCAGUGUUACAGGAUACGGCCAGAACUGUUCAACCUGUUCUAAACCCCUGGUCACUCUAGACACAGCUCCAUGUGUUCCCACUCAAGUCAAUGUGUCAUUAUCCUGUGGGUCUGACACUGCGUCUGUUUCCUGGGCAGCAUCUAGUGGCUUUGUUUCCAACUAUAUAGUAACAGCUGAAGGUGAUAAUGGAAUUACGCAAACAUGCAACUCCAGCAGCACUUCCUGUAACAUCAGCGGCCUAGCGUGUGGUCAGGCGUACAACGUCUCAGUCACAGCUCUGAGCGUCGACUGCACUGGGCAACGUAGCGAAGUGCGUCGUGUCAAUACUGCUCCUUGUGUGCCACAAAACGUGUCGGCCAAUGUCACCUGUAGUAGCAACAUAGCAAAGGUAACCUGGGGGAGCAGCCAAGGGGCGGAGCUUUACUCAGUGACAGCCAGCAGUGUCAAUGGCCUCUCAGCUAACUGCACCUCAGCCUCCACCUCCUGUGACCUUUUAACUUUGACCUGUGGAGAGUCUUAUACGAUCACAGUGAAGGCCAAAGGCAGCAACUGUAGCAGUGGGAACAGUGCACCAGUUCAGGUCCAAACAGUGCCAUGUGUACCUGGUCAUGUGCAGGGCAGAGUAAACUGUACGACUGGAGAUGUGUCUGUAUCCUGGGAUCGAAGCGUGGGUGCCGUUUCCUACACUGCAGUUGCUUGGAGUAGCGGUGGCUAUGCUUCAGUGUGUAACAGCACUGGAACAGCAUGUGUCUUCUCAGACCUGCUCUGUGGGAUGAACUAUAGUUUGGCUGUCAGCGCGAGUGACAGGAGCUGCCGCACUGCACCGAGCCAACCAGUUGUGCUGAAUACAGUGUCCUGUAAGCCACAGAAUGCUAGCGCCCUGCUCAACUGCGACACCAACUCUGCUGUUGUAACUUGGGAGCUCACUGAUAACCUCACGCAUCACACGGUCCAGGCUGCUGGUUCUGACGGACAUCGCAUCAACUGCACGAGCUCUGACCACAGUUGCACAUUAUCCGGAAUCCACUGUGGCCAGAGAUAUAACCUAACCGUCACUGCCAUGGAUGGAGUAUGUGACAACAGCAACACAUACUUCACUCUGCAGUCAGCUCCAUGUGCACCUAGCAAUGUUCAGACAUCUUUGCUUUGCGACAUCCACAAUGGUAGUGUUGUGUCUGUGUCGUGGGUAAAAACCAACGGGGCGGAGGCUUUCAUGGCUGUGGCCGUGUCUAAUGAUGGCCAUUCCUACUCUUGUAACACCACCACUGCCUCCUGUAAUCUGCAAGAACUGCAGUGUGGUCAGAAUUAUAAUGUUUCUGUCUACUCAAUGGCCAGUGGCUGCGGGGGCGUGAAGAGUACUAUGUCUCAAGUGCAAACAGCUCCAUGUCCACCUCACAACGUAUCUGCAAAUGUGCAGUGUGAUUCAGGGUCUGUGCUGGUGAGCUGGAGCCCAGCAGUGGAUGCCAGCCAGUUCAGAGUGGAAAUGAAGUCCCAGAGCACUGGUGUGAUUUCCUCCUGUAACAGCACAAACACGCAGUGCUCCAUCGCACAUCUGCCCUGUGGAGAGAGCUUCAACAUCAGUGUGGUGGCACUGAGGGGCAGCUGUCAGAGUCAAGCAAGCAGUGGCUUCAACAUCGCCUCAGCUCCAUGUACCCCACAGGGGGUUAAUGGUACCGUGGACUGUGUCACUAACUCCGCAUGGGUAUCAUGGGAAGUGGAUAUGGGUGCAGAGUCUUACACGGUGCUGGCUGUUGGGGACGACGGUCAAAAUACCACGUGUUCCAGCGCAAACUCCACCUGUAAUGUGCCUGACUUGGGUUGUGGAAAGAGCUACACCUUCCAAGUCACUGCUUCAAACGCUGCCUGCCGGAGCCCACCCAGCAACAGCUUUCAGCUGGAGACAGGCAAGUACAUCUGAGAGCUUCAGCCCUCUCA